GUUUGGUGCUAAAUGUUGGGGCGGGGCGGAGCGCAGGGAUGCUAAGGUAGGUUUCCUCCCCCAUGGGUGUGUCCACUGCCGGGAGACCUCAGUGAGUGUAUCCACCUGCAGAAGACGCUUUCCUGCACUCACACACUUGAGCGUCGCUGCGCUCCUCUCUGCCACCCUUCUCCAGGAACAACUCUUUGUUUCUAACCUCCUUUUGUGGAAAAAAAAAAAGAAUCUGUUGGUGCGAUUUAGAGAUCACUUUAAGUUAAGGCGGCCGCGUCAAGUUAAUUUAAAUCUAAGCUUUUGUUUGGCUCUGGGGAUAAUCGUGCAGGAUCUGCGGCGGAUACACUGAGACUGCUGCGUGCGGGGAUAGAAGAGCUCAAAGGAUCUGGGCUGGAUGGUUUUAAAUGUUGACCAGCUUUAUCACUAUAUUUACUGGAAGGCACUAGAAGCUCCUGGACUCUCCUUCUCCUCUGUUAACAAACAGAGGGACAAUGUUGUGGGACAAACUGUGCUGGCUACUGGCCCUGCUGGCCUUAUCAUCUGGGGCGCUGCCCGCCUCCAAUGAGCCCCUCUCUGCUCCCAGGAUCUUCCUGUCCUUCAAAGAGUUAAAGUCUACCGGCACCGCUCACCACUUCUCAUUUUUGCUGAACUCAACCGACUAUCGGAUCCUUCGCAUGGAUGAGGACCACGACCGCAUGUAUGUGGGCAGCAAAGAUUAUAUCCUCUCUCUGGACCUGCAUGACAUCAACAAGGAGCCGCUCAUAAUCCACUGGCCUGUUGCCCUCCAGAGGAAGACUGAAUGUGUCCUGUCAGGGAAAGACACCAAUGGAGAAUGUGGAAACUUCAUCCGUCUGAUUGAGCCGUGGAACCGGACCCACCUGUAUGUGUGUGGUACAGGCGCGUACAACCCCAUCUGCACCUAUGUGGACCGAGGACGCCGGUCACAGGGGUUCCACUACCUACAGGCACCCCAAUCUGGAGGGAGAACAAGUCGGGCAGCAGACUACAGCACUACAUCAGAGCCUUUGGAGGCGAAGGAAUACAUUUUCCGACUUGAACCUGGUAAAGUGGAUUCUGGGAAAGGAAAAUGUCCUUAUGACCCCAAACUGAACAGCGUCUCAGCUUUGAUCAAUGGAGAGCUGUAUUCAGGAGUCUACAUUGAUUUCAUGGGAACGGACUCAGCUAUCUUCCGUACACUGGGGAAGCAGACAGCCAUGAGGACGGAUCAGUACAACUCCAGAUGGUUAAACGAUCCGACAUUUGUCCAUGCACACCUUAUACCAGACAGCGCUGAGAAGAAUGAUGACAAGCUCUACUUCUUUUUCCGCGAGAAAGCCUCUGAGAUGGGUCAGAGUCCCAUGACCCAGUCCAGGAUAGGGCGGAUCUGCCUGAAUGAUGAUGGUGGACACUGCUGUCUGGUCAACAAAUGGAGCACGUUCCUGAAAGCUCGACUCAUCUGCUCAGUUCCUGGAGCUGACGGCAUCGAGACACACUUUGAUGAACUAAGGGAUGUGUAUAUCCAGCCAACUCAAGACACAAAGAAUCCUGUCAUCUAUGGAGUCUUCUCAGUUUCAGGAGCCGUGUUUAAAGGCUCGGCAGUGUGCGUCUACUCCAUGGCUGACAUCCGUAUGGUCUUCAACGGGCCUUUUGCCCACAAGGAGGGGCCCAACUACCAGUGGGUGGCGUACACAGGGAAGAUUCCCUACCCACGACCUGGCACUUGUCCUGGAGGCACUUUCACCCCAAACAUGAAAUCCACAAAGGAUUACCCAGAUGAGGUUAUCAACUUCAUGAGGAACCACCCCACCAUGUACAAUGCUGUAUACCCAGUGCACAAGCGCCCCCUGGUGGUCAGAACCAACGUGGACUAUGAGUUCACCACCAUUGCAGUCGACCAAGUGGCAGCUGCUGACGGGAGCUACGAGGUGCUCUUCCUGGGCACAGAUCGGGGGACAGUCCAGAAAGUAAUUGUCUUGCCUAGAGACGACUUGCAGACAGAGGAGCUGGUCUUAGAGGAAGUGGAGGUCUUCAAGGUUCCCACAGCAAUAACCACCAUGAAGAUUUCAUCAAAACGGCAACAACUGUAUGUAGGAUCAGUUUUGGGGGUGACCCACCUGGCUCUCCAUCGCUGUGAUGUGUACGGGGAGGUCUGCGCUGACUGCUGUCUGGCCAGAGACCCGUACUGUGCCUGGGACGGCAAAUCCUGCUCCAGAUACUCAUCCUCACAGAAGAGAUCUGAACCCUCUAGACGGAGCCGUCGGCAGGAUGUAAAGUAUGGCAACCCGAUACGCCAAUGCAGAGGUUAUAACUCUAACACCAACAAGAACACUCUGGAGACGGUUCAGUAUGGUGUAGAGGGCAGCACUACAUUCUUGGAGUGUCAGGCCAGGUCUCCGCAUGUGUCUCUCAAGUGGCACCUGCAGAAGGAAAACAGUGACAGGAAAAAAGAGAUUCGCUCAGAGGGCCGCAUUCUAAAAACAGAGCAAGGUCUUCUGAUCCGCUCACUGCAGUCCUCCGACAGCGGCAUCUACCAGUGCACAUCCACCGAGAAAAACUUCAAACACACGCUUGUCAAACUGCAGCUUGUAGUCCUUUCCAGUCGCACGGUCAACAACGUGUUGGUGGAAACAGGCAGCCCGGCCCUCCCUCCUCUCCAGUCUAGUGCCUGGACUCCCAGUGCUGGUCAGUAUAAGGACCUGCUGACCAUCCUUAGCCAGCCGGAGAUGGGCCUGAUCAACCAGUACUGCCAGGAUUACUGGCAGCUUGGAGACGGCAUCCUCAGUGACAACAAAGCCAAAAGCCUGAAGGAGCUGAAAGAACAGAAGAAGCCUCGCAACCGUAGGCAUCAUGAUGAGCAAACAACUCCAGCUGAGACAUGAGGAGCUAGACAUACACCUCAUCAUAUUCCCCCGUUCUACCUUUUCACACCACCUCCUCAACACUGUAAACCCUCCAUUUAGGGGAAUGACUCCAGUUAGAAAAAUCUAAUUAUCAUAACAGACUGCAACCAAAAGCAACAGCAUCAAACAGUUUCUAUGUGACUGUUGGAAAAAAUACACAAUAUUUAUUGUAGGUUGUAAAAAGUGAUUCUUUGUACCUAUUUAGAAAACAUGUUUUUUUUGUGAAUAGAUAAAUUUGUGCAAAUAUUGUUAUUAUUAUAUUAUUGUUAGUGUUAUUGUUUAUUAAAAUGUAUUAUUAUGUUGAAAACAUCUCUAUGUUGGGUGUUUUUGUGAAACAGCAACAACAACCCAGGACUUUGGGAGUAUCCACGCAUGGAAGACGAUCGAUGAACAUGUAUUUAACUGUCACAGGCGACCAUGUUGGAUCCCGUGACUGCUGGCAGUAUUCAGUGUCCAAGCUGGAAGUCGAGUCGCUGCUUCAGUGAAAUUCUCGAACUUUCCUUAACUUCUUCCCCAGAACUCAGCACCGGAACAGUUUUUUUGUUUUUGUUUUUUACUGAAAGAUACAAGCUGUUGCCAGAAUGAUGAUCGCAUUUCUUGGGACACACAAGGAUGAAAGAAAUGCCCACAGACUGUGGCUGUGACAACAUGUUGCAUCUUAAUGAAAGGCCCUUUUGGCAGGUGAAACGUCUCUCCUUUUCAUGUUAGUGGUCCAGCCUGGCCUCAAGCAAUGAUGCUACAUCACCCACCCAAAUUCUUCCAAAAUCAGCAGCUGCCAAGUGUUUGUUUUUGUUUAUAUGUGAAUAUCACAUCUCAAUGUUGUAUUCUUAACAAACGUGAUCUUUUUGAUAAGCUGUUUUUUGCUGGGGAGAAAGGGUCUUUUAAUGACAAAAAAAGCUGAAAAUAUAACAUUGUCUUCUCUUUUUUCUUUUGAGAUAAGAAAUUCCAGCAGGCAGCUAUGUGUGAGUUUGUGACAGUUUGUGAUAUCAAAAUAAGCACCUUCUGUUACCAAAUUGGUAAUCUUGAUAAAACAGUAAACACUUCACAAGUAUCUGUGGCAUAUGCAGUAUAUUCAUUGAUUUAAGGCUGGGGUUUGUUUUUAGCUCUCAAUGAAUCCAUUCCUGCCAGUUUCAUGCUAAACAUUGGUUUCACUAAGUAAAUAUUUAUCAUUUAAUAGAUCCAGACUUUUAUUAGAUCACAAUAAUAAAGUUGCUGAUUGCAGUGCUUUGGAAUUGAGUACUUUUUGUAUCAGCUUCCACAGCUGCUGUACUUUUUGUUAGUCCAAUGCUGUGUCAUGCUGCUCUGUUUGCCACAGACUUAAUAUAAAACUUCCAUACAGUGGGGAAAAGAAAUGUCACAAUGUCACAAGUACAACUACUACCAAGCUGAUCACCACCAUACCUGAAGAGAACAUGUACCAAACUCUUCAGGAGGUGGCUUUUCAUUGUGCAUGGCAUGUACAGUGUAAUGUAUAUGUUAUUUGUCUAAAAUGCUAUGUUGCUGUGGGUGUCAGUGAAUGUCUUUCUCGUUGUGGGAAUAUGGAAAUAUUAUCAGUGCAAGAAAGAAAGAUGCUGAAAGUACAGAAUUUUUUUUUUUAAAUCUCUCUCUCUCUCUCUCUCUCUCUCUCUCUGUGUAUGUCUCUUAGUCUCUAUUUUUCUUUCUUUUUUUCUCUAUUCUCAAAAAUGUGCAUAUAUUUCAAACAUGCAUCUGUUUAAUUUUUCUCUGUUUGGCAGAUUUUGCUCUGGGUCUUUGAGGUAAAGUAAUGUAUGAUAUAAUGCACAGUUGAUGUUGUUGUAAUGACCUGUACAAAAAUUACUAUCUUUUCUUCCUCAUCAAUGUUGCUGACUAAUAAAUUAAAGCUCUAUAUUUUAUAAUAA